GUUCAAUAAAACAUAGUUUAAACACCAUGAUUUAUUGGAAAAAAAAAAAACGCUGAUUUAAUGGCGUUUUUAUUGUGGAGUUUUGACCGCCGAGGAAGCUUUACUUCCGACGAGAAAUCAAGUCAGCGGUUACCAAGUGUCCGUUUAAAGCAGUGUAUUAGCGCGCGCUGGCGGUGUAAAAGAUUGAACCAUUUUAGGCUGACAUGCGGGAACAGCUGCUCUGUUAAGAAAAUAGAUGAAUAUGCGUGUACUUAGAGAGCAAAAACCUUGUUAGGCAUAUUACCUUUCGCUUUUGCGCACCGUGUUGUUCAAAGAUCAAGGUUCGCCCAAUUGUGAUUUAAAAGGGUCGAGAUAUAAACAGUGAUUAAUCCCGCCAGCGCUUUUUGAAUGAAUUAUUUCCUCGAGUUGGCCGUUUUAGAUAACCGUCAUUACGAGUAACGAUUGCGAAGUUUACGUCUUAGUUGGAUUCAGCUUGGAAAAAAUACUUGUUGAUUUGGCAGUGCGGUGGCAGCCCACUUCUAACUUCCUUGGUAACGAUCGAUAAGAAAAAGAGCGACUCGUUCUUUGUGGGUGAGAGUCCGUCGGAGAUCCUGUAAUCCAGAGAUCGGUAAUUACCGUCAUAUUAAAGUUACGCAAGCUGCCGUGAAGAUCGCUGUUGGUAGAGUGAGAGAGAGGCUAGAAAAUGGGAGCCACCAAGACCUACUUAGCACUAAACUCAACAAAUCGUACGACUGAUUUUACUCUGCCAAGCCACGGAGUUGAAGACUGCGUGCGAGUUGGUUUCUCGGUUGUUAUCAUGAUUAUCAUCCUCACGGGUAAUUUACUGGUCAUUGCCGCGUACCGCGAGAACCGUCGCUUACAGACUGGCACAUACAUUCUGCUCAUUAGCUUAGCCUUUUGUGAUUUUCUUGUUGGGAGCGUUUCUGUGCCGUUAUGGAUCUACAUAUCUCUUCAAGAAUGGACGGUCAAUGAGGGAGUUGACUUGUUCUUUGUUAGUUUCGACUACGUCACUGCGCUCUCCUCAGCGCUGCAUUUAACAGUGAUCGCCUUAGAGCGUUGGGUCGCCAUUUCCCGACCGUUCUAUCACCAGACUCUCACGCGUUUUUACUACAUCCUCGCGCUUCUGUAUAUCUGGAUCAUGGCGUUUGUUGUCAGUGGCUGUUACUUCAUAGGGUGGGCAAUCAAACGUGCAGAGUUCUACGUCGUUGCGCUGUUUUGCGUCGGUUUUCUUAUCCCUUUUCUGGUGAUUCUCUUAGUGAACAUAUCAAUUUUCGGCGUCGCAAAGAGACUCAUCCGCGAGCUUCCCACAACUACCAUGUCACACGACCAGAAAACUAAACUCCAGAAAGAGCGUAAGACGGCGAUCACUCUUGGGAUUAUCACCGCGCUAUUCUUCUUCGAGCUCCUCCCGACCUAUAUCAUCGCAUUAGUGGGUGAGUUCUGUCAGCCCUGUUUCGUCAAGCUUGGCUGGCAAAACAUCACACGCGUGUUUAAUUUCGCCAAGUGGUUGCAGUAUAGCAACAGUGCGGUGAACCCGUUCGUGUACGCAUUCAGAGAUGUUGAGAUGAGGAGGGCGUUCAAGCAGCUUGCGCGACGACUGAUGUGCCGACGACCAAGGACCAUAGGACAGUCAAGAAAUAUGUCAGUCAACACAUCUGUGGGGCGUAGUGCUGAACAGAACUUAGAGUAGUGCCGAAGUAGUUCAGCUAGACCCAGUAUGCGACCCGGGGCGCCAUUUCAUCAAAUAACAUAAUUCGCAUUGAAAAGACUCUAGGAUUUAGCUCUUCUGAAGUGACGAUCGAGAGACAUCUCGGGACAAGGAGGACUUUAUACUUACAGAAACCGAAUACAACUAUAAAGACUGCUGCUUUACGACGAAACCCGCGUAGCCUUUGAAUUUAAGCAUUAUUAUACUAAAUGAAUACAAAUAAGAAUAAAUGUUUAUACUCGAAAACAGA